AUGGUUGGAAAGCUACACACCACCACCACCAUCAUGGAGAUUAAUGCUGAUUACCUGGAGCGGGCGACCGCUUCCAACAAACUCAUCGAGCAGCUCGUGGGCUGCAUUCCUGCCGACAUUUACCUACGCAACUCGGAAACUUCCAACAACCUGAACGAAAAGUACAUGGUUAACAAAAAAGGCAACGCGCCCAAACAAGAUGUCAAGGAUGCCUCGAAGAAGGGCAAGCGUGCUCGCCUUGAUCCCGAGGCGCGUAGUGUCGUGGCCCAACAGGCUGCUAUGGCCAAUGAGGAGGCUAAAACGCAGGCCGCUCAAGACAGCAGUGACGACGAAGACAUGCAGAAACCGGCCGGUGAUCAGUCAGUAUCGAACGGUGCCACUCGCACGGGACCCGUUUUUAAGCACCUCAGCCACCAGCAACUUCGCGAGCGCCUGCGCCAAUCUCAAGAGCAACUUCGCGCCAAGCGCAAGGCUGACGUCAACGCCAACCGCAAGAAACAAAAGGAAAAGGUGGCUAACAAGCGCGCCAAGCUGAAAGAAGAGCGCAAGACCAAGGCAUUGGCCAAGGCGCCCCACGUUCCCGGGUCGGGCGCAGACCGCGCCGCGGGUGCCGCCGAUGGCUCGACUCCGGCCAAAAAGAGCAAAGUUCUGUUUAGCAAGUUUGAUUUGGGUGAUGCUCGCAAGCCCAAGAGCAAGCCUACCCCACAGCAGCUCUUGCAGCAAGCCGAGGCCAAGUCUGAGAAGAUGAAGCAGCUCCGCCAAUCCAACCCUGAAAAGGCUGCUGAGGUUGAGAAGAAGGACGCAUGGAGCAAGGCACUGCAAAAGGCCGAGGGCCAAAAGGUCUUUGACAAUCCUUCUCUGGUGAAGAAGAAAAUCAAGCGCAUCGAGCAAGCCAAAAAGAAAUCGCAGCUGCAAUGGACGGAUCGUGAGUCUGAGGUCAAGAAGCAGCAAAAGGAGCGCCAGGACGCGCGGCAAAAGAACUUGCAGGCCCGUAUCGACGCAAAGCGCGAGAAGAAGGUCAAGAAGCUCAAAAAGUCGGGCCGUCUCGUGGGCAAGCCAGGGUUCUAAGCCUUUGUCGUGCGGCCUUGAGUUUUUUUUUCUUUUCCUCCUUUUUCUUUUCCCCCUUUUUUUUUUCAAACUUGUUCUCUUGGGUGCUUGCUGCGAUACGCUCCUGGCCGAAAGAACCUGUGCUAUUCGUGUGUGUGGGAUCUGUCGGUACGCAAGUAUCGACCUGAUCCGCUUGGUGAACUCGAGAGUUGAUAGCACCGCCCUG